AUGGGAUCCCGCUGCGGCAGCGGCCGCCGCUUCCCCCGGGGAGCCGCCUGCGCCGCGCUCUGCAGCCCCGGCAACAGCCGCCCGCCUCUCCGGGCCCCUCUCAGCUUCAAACGAGCCGGGUGCUCCCUCUUAAACACCUGGACACAGCGCUGCAAACCUGGAGAAGGAUUAAAAGGACGCGGCGGCUCCUCCGGGGCGAAAUUCAGUAUCUCCCUCGGUCUCCCGGUGGGAGCCGUGAUCAACUGCGCGGAUAACACAGGCGCCAAGAACCUCUACAUCAUCUCCGUGAAGGGCAUCAAGGGGCGCCUCAACAGGCUGCCGGCCGCCGGCGUGGGCGACAUGGUCAUGGCCACGGUGAAGAAGGGCAAGCCCGAGCUGCGGAAGAAGGUGCACCCGGCGGUCGUGAUUCGGCAGCGAAAAUCGUACAGAAGAAAAGACGGCGUGUUCCUCUAUUUUGAGGACAACGCAGGAGUGAUAGUAAAUAAUAAAGGAGAAAUGAAAGGUUCUGCGAUCACAGGCCCCGUGGCUAAGGAAUGUGCAGAUCUGUGGCCCAGGAUAGCGUCCAACGCAGGAAGCAUCGCAUAACCGUGCUCUUCUUUGUAGAGAUAAAAUAAAAGUGCUCAUGUCAAAUA